ACGACGUAAGUGGAGGUAUGGACUUAAUGAAACGAUUAUCAUCGCCGCCACUUCCAGUUGCGGUCUGGCCACCAGAAGCGAAUUACUGGCCUCGCGAUAAGGGUUACGACGCGUAGAGAAUGCAAUAAAACAGUCUCGAAAAAUAUUCGUCGACGCCAAGACGCGGAAGCUGUUAAAAAGACAGAAAAUAUUACGAAUAAAAGCUGCUAGUAAUAAGAGUAAAUUACAGAUUAAAAUCACGACAAGCAAACAUAAUAGUAAUCUUAAAUGUAUAAACAUCGUCUUUAAAAGUUCUGAAGUGAAUAUGUGUACUGUGAUGACAAGUGAAAAGUGAAAUAAAAUUUCUCUUAGAGAUAGACACCCAAUGACUCUAAUUUAGUAUUAUAAAUAUCCUGCGCGACAUUUGAAACUCUUUCUCGCGGAAGUAUGAAACGUGUGACAUUUAAAUGUGCCAUAAAUUUUCUAUAUUAGUAUUUUCAUACGUGUGUGCAUUAAGUCGUCGCCUUCGUUAAACGAAUUCUAAACAAAGACCAAGACAACGCAUAAUAUAUUUAAUUUAUUAUUUCGAAUUGCGAUCUGGUGGUAUUCGUAUGGAAUUGUUUGUAAAUAUCAUUCCGCAAUUUACAGCACUUAUUCCAUCGACGGCGAUAGUCGCUUCCAUUUUAUAAACACAAAUGAAAACGUGUGCGUUUCGAACGUUUCUUCAGCCUUGAUUUUUCCUAAUCGCGGUGGAAGCAAUUACGAGUGCGCGUGUAUUAAAAAUGAUAAAUGUUAGAUAAUUUCAAUUGUAAGAAGGUCAUUCAUUAUCUACAUCCUCAUGCCAAUGUCAAAGAAGUAUUGUCCUGCAAUUUAUUCGUUCAUUUAACUACACUUGGUCAAUUUUUAUUAUAUCUUCAUAUGCGCCACUUUGUGUACAUUCAAUUGUGGUUGCUGGUAAUUUAUUUCAAGCAUUCCCGGCAAUUAGCAGGCACAAAGAAUAGAAAUUUAUAUCUAACUUGUCAUUCAUAUCUCUUCGCAUUUCACUUGAUUCUCUUAACAGUAACAAGUUUAGCAGUAAAACAAAUAAAGUUCUAUAGGUCAACUUUACAAAUUAUAAUUAUAUUCUAUUGGAUUUAAACCUUUAUCGUUUUAAACCUUUAUCGUUUAUUUGCCAUUUGUUACAAGUAACAAUAAAUAAAUAAUUUAGUCCUAAAUUGUUAAUACCACUAGUUAUUAAAGCAUUGUGUGAAAGAUCCUGCUAACGAACUUUCGCAUUGAAGUUGCCGAGCAUUGUGUAUUUACAACUUGAAACGAGAGUAAUAACCAAGAGAAUGAGAAACUAACAUUCUGUCACGUUGACGCGCGCGAAUUCCGUUUGAAUGUGAAAUGUUUUCCUGGCGAGUCAGACGUAAACGUAUUCUCAAUGCCCUCGCGGAACAAUAUUACUGACAUUUCAUAAAUAAUCAACUCUAUUGUCAAAAGAGGUGAAACGAUCGUACGCACGAUGUUUCUUAAACCUCGUACCACCCACAAGAAGUUCCAGUGAGCUCGAAUGACUAUACUAAUAAGUAUAAUAGCUUAACAGUCACGUUGAUGAACCAUGAGCUGUAACGUGAUGCCUCUGAAGAAGUACGCGGAAAUUAGUUACCGCGUGAAAUGUGUGGCCGUGGAAAAUGAGCGCGUGUUUGGUGACGUGUACGUCACACAACAAACACGAAAUUUGCUGUAUUGCGCAGAUGGAUAUCAGUUUCCCUCGUUGUAUAACAGAAGCAGACGCAAUCUGAUUCAGAAAUCAUGGGAAGGUCCGGAUUUCAUGGAACUGAAUCGGAAAAAGCCGAUCAGAAGGGCUAGUUGCACGCCGCCCAAAGUGGAGAGAACAAAUUUGAAGAGGUCGAAAUCUUUGGGUGACACGUGGGACGUAAUCGAAACUGAUUGCAAAAAUGCUAACAAUUCGAAAGAUGAAAAUUACAUUUGCAAGCCAAAGACAUAUCCAUCACCGUUACCGAAUCCACCCGAGAACAAAAAAGGAACUGUGUCUUCGUUAGUUGAUCAAUUGUUGCUAGAUAUUUAUGGAUUGCCAGACGAUGACAGAAGACGGUCAGAAAGUGACUCGACAGCCUCAUCCCUGAAGAUACGUCCGCAACAUCAGCACCUGCAGAAGGCGCGUUUACUCUGGAAAAGUGAGCACGAGCUUCAAGUUUUAGUGCUGAAUUUACGCGACCAUAUUAAUCACACUGGUGAAAUACUCAUUCGACAGUUGCGUCGUAAAGAUCAUCUCGCCACCAAAUGUGAGAAACUAUGCGCCAUAAUUACGGCUCACCUUCUGGCAGUCAGCCCAAAAUGCGUCGAAGACACGAAGAUGAGAUUUAGCCUGACGCCGCAACCAGGAGAAAGUGGUUUUAUACAAUGGCUGGACGCGAUGAAAAUGGUUGCCAGGUUACCAGGAGGAAUUCCGCCGGAAUUUCGAAAGAAGUUGUGGCUGACACUGGCAGAACGUCAUCUAGAGCAGCGCGGCGUAGAUUGGAAGCAGGCUGAAAAGAUCUGCUUCAACGAGUGGAGCAAUCCUGACGAUGAAGAGCUUGGUAUACAAAUCGUUAAAGACCUACACAGAACGGGCUGCAGUCUGUUUUGCGGUGCAGCUGGCAGAGACAAUCAAGCAGUGCUUCGUCGAGUUCUGCUUGGUUUCGCCCGAUGGAACAAGUCCGUCGGCUAUUGCCAGGGCCUGAACGUGUUGGCCGCCCUCGUUUUGCAAGUAAUGGAUCGCGCCGAGUCCGCCGCGGUGAAGGUGAUGAUCUACUUGAUAGAGGGUGUCCUGCCCGAGGGUUACUUCGCGGACAAUCUCCGUGGCCUGUCGGUCGACAUGGCGGUAUUUCGAGAUCUCCUCCGGGGCAGACUGCCCAAGCUCUCGAAACAUCUGGAGGCUCUGCAGAACGAUGCUAAGGACAAGGCGACAGGCAGCAGUUACGAGCCACCUCUGACGAAUGUGUUCACGAUGCAAUGGUUCCUUACUCUUUUCUGUCACUGUUUGCCACAAGAGGCUGUCCUGCGCGUAUGGGACCUCAUAUUUCUCGAAGGAGAUGAGAUAUUGCUUAGAACCGCACUGGCCAUCUGGGAAGGACUUUCCGAUCGUAUUAUGACGGUGACAUCGGCGGACGAGUUUUAUAGUAUAAUGGGAGUGCUGACAAGGGAGAUGCUCGAGUUCACGGAUACUAAUAACCUCAUAAAGAAUAUCGUUAGUAUGGGAUCUUUGCAUGGUGUAACGGGGCUAAGAGAGAAACAUAGAUACAAUAUCACACCUUGGGCAAGAAAAUUGAGCGACGACGAGGACAGCGACACGGAGGAGGAUGAAAGGCUGGCCGUGGCUGCUGCGAUGUUCAGUAUGGCACAGCGAUUGAAGAAAGAUCGUAUACCUCAAACGAUUGGAGCGCUGCAGGCAAUGGCACCCAGCAGCGACCGAGAACGGCUCGCUUUGGACAUUACCACUUUGAAACAGCAGUACGCCAAGCUACGCGAACGUCAACGACAAGCGCAUAUUAUACUUUCUGCUGCAUGUGCAAGGCAGACCAUGGUACCACCUCCUACUUCUCAGGCCAUGAAUCAUCUUUUAGUGGGCAAAAGUGCGCUCGUGAGUGGGAAGAAUCGACCCCUGAGCCUACCUUCUGGUGCUGCAACGACGAAGAUAAGACCUACGACGCUAAAUCAAAACCGAAGGGACAGACAAGGCGUCACGCUUCACUGGAAAGACACCAAAAAACCGAAGCAGAAACCCUCGAAUUUACCAGAAACGGUGGAAUGUAGCGUUGUAACAAUGCAAUCCACGGAAGCUGAGCUGGCUUCUCCAAAGCGGAGUAACGGUGACAGUGAUAGCGACAGCACAUCGACGGAAUUGUGCGACGAACCGGACCGUCUCAGUGACGUUGACAGCGAAGAUCUGACGUCAGCAUCCGAAUCCUGUGUUGUCAGUACGGAUGAGGAGAAAAGCUCUCGAAUCACCGGAUCACCGAUUCGCGAGAAGCCACUCGAUCGUUCGUUUCUCGAAGAGAAGAUGGAACCAAUUAACGCCGAAGAUUCGAAGGACUCGAAAAGCUCCGAGGAUAACCUUGGUGACAUAUCAAUCGCUAAAAUCACCGACCAAAUAAGACGAUUAUCAGCAGAGGAUGACAAUAAUUCCAUGGUUCCUCAAAAAUUUAGCGUGCAGAGCAAAGAAUCGCCGGAAGAACAAUCGACGAAAGAAUCGAAAAAAGAGAAAUCCAUAUCAGAUCUAUCUAUAGAUUACACUUCCGAUAGUAAUAUCAUUAAAAAAUCGUUAUUGGACUUGAACGAGUACGAUUAUCUAGGUUUCAGUGGCAGUAAGAUCAGUUCGAAAGAAGAUGAAGUAUUAGUGCACGAAAGGCAUCGAUCUAAACAGACAACAAACGAGAUUGUAGAUAUACCUCGAAACGAAGUUGCGACAAUCAAGAAAGACCAAACUGAAGACAAGAUAACUACGACUAUGAAACAGGAUUCUUUAAACAUAUACUUGGAUUAUUCAGCAUCCUUGGACAAGAAAUACGAUAGAAUCAAAGAUAAAUCAAGCCUCGAUGUAGAGAUAGAAAAUGAAAUUAGAUCCGACCGAUAUAAAACAUCCUUCGAUUUCUCUAGUAGAAUAUCUUUGGACUUGAAACCGUAUGAAACUUCAAAAGUAGGAAGUUUAACCAGUGACACUGCAGACACAGUGAAUACUGAAAGAACGCUUUAUGGCAAGGCCUACGUUGGUCAUCUUCCUAUUUCACCUGUAACAGUUGAUCAAAAAUUAAGCAGAGUGACACCCAGUAUACAUACAACGCAUAAUACUACUGUAUUAACUCCUGAAACGCCUGAAAUUGUACAUAAAACGUUAGAGAACACGUCAUAUAACGAUAGAAUACAGACGACUCAAACGAAAAUUUAUUCAGACCUAGUGAAGAGUCCUAAAACACCGGAAAGCAACAAAUCAUUCAGUUCAGGUGAAACCAUGGGACCAGAUUCGAAACCAUCGAGUCUGACAGUUAGCCCAAGGACGCCGGUUAGAUCAGAAUCUCGAGAUUUCCCUAUGGACAAAUCCCUGUGUUCGUCAGUUAGCUCAGACUCGAAGACUUUGGUUCUUCAUUCUGCAGAUUCAGACAGUACGAGGGACAGCACGAAAACCGACGCGAAGAAAAUGUAUGAGAUUUCCAAUUCGGCGACACCUAUCAGCAUGGACUCGUUGCAGAAAUCAGAAGCCAGCCCAAAACUAGUCGUGAGCAGCUCCAGUGAAUCGUGUAGCCCGAGUAAAUUAAAGUCUUCCGAGAGGUCGUUCAGUUCGGACCUGCAAUCGCCAAUAAGUGCCAACUCCAUAAAGUAUACUUCGAAUUUCAGUAGACGGGGCCAAGAUGACGUAUCAGGCUCGCCAAUGGACUUGAGCAGCGCUACCUCGCCGUUUUAUCCGAUCUCGAAUCCGAAUCAAAAAACUCCGACGUCCCCGUACAGUGCUUCUAGAAGAAGAUCCAGUUUGGACAGCAACGAAACGUCACCUGAGCAGAAAUCGACCAGUUCGAGGGAGUCGAACAAGUUUCUAGGUUAUCAGUCGAAAUUUGACUCCUCCAUAAAGACGUCUGAUAUGAAAGAUGUAGACGGUAUAGCACGAAAAGGUGACACAUUCGUCAGACCAGAGUUCAUCACGAGGAAUGAAGAUUCGAGUAUUAAUUUGACGGAUAGAAGAAUCAAUGUUAGUGAUGUUAAGUAUUAUCAAACAACGAGUACGGAUUACUAUCGCAAGGAUAAGGAUAUUUUUGAUGACGGAGGGGAUGAUCCGUCAUCGGAGAAAGACGUGGUACCUUCUUUGCCUCAGGAGAAGCUAGAUAAACAUUAUUUGAACUAUCGAUAUAGAGAUAGAUCGAAGUUGUUGGAAAGAAGUUCAAGCAGUUUGGACAGUAGAAGGUACGCUGAUAUGAAGUCAUCGGCUUCCACCGAUGAAUUUUCAACGUCGAUCGCGCAGAAGAGAUCCAGUGACAUUUUAGAAGAUAUUAAACACUUGGAGGCGAAAGCAAACGAUGGGUCGUCGGAUAAUGGGAUGUUGACGAAGAAGAGCAGUUAUAUUUGGGAGGAUAUGAAGAAUUUAGAAGCCAGGAGGCAAGAUACCUUUAGUGAUUCAGCGAGGAACUUUUCGAAACAUCGUCUGGAGGUACCGGAUAUAAAUAUAACCGGAGAAAGCAGAAAAUCGUACGUAGUACAUCCGAAGAUCAAUAUCGACGAAAAUAGCGACAGCAUAUUGAAGACCAUGGCCUGUGGUAAGAGUAACGGCACAGAUGAUGGCAGGGAGUCGAAGUUGGGCGUGUGGACGAAGGUGAAGCCUCGUAAAAAGAGUGACAAUGGGCGGAGGAACAGCGACAGGGCGUUGAAGAUCAUUCAAGAAAACUCCGCUAUACUUCAGAAGAUUCUUGCGUGUCAGGCAAAAAAGCGUCUGCCAGACCUGGAGGAGAUAUCGAAAGAAAUUACCAUUAGCCCUAUAAACGAGGAGAUUUCGAAGAUCUUUAGUCCGAUAUUAGAGAAAAUGGGAUUAAACGAACACGAGAUUAACGAGGAAUUGGCGAGAAUCAAUUUCAAGGAUUUCGACAACAUGACCGCUACCAGUGUGUCCGAGUUUGAUGCAAAGAUUAACGAGGAAUUAUCGAAGCUUUCUCUGAUCGACGAGACGGAGCAGAUGGACCACUUCGACGUGGACGAGGUGAUAUCCCACGAAUACUUGAACACGAGAGAAGCUCUAAUAGAUCGUAAGAUAAACGAGGAAUUGUCGAAAUUAUUGGCAAACUACGACGAUCAUUCUCCGGCUAGUAUGGUGAGUUUGGACAAAGGACCAUCCAGCCAGAAUAUUAGCGAGAUCGAAGGACUGGAUCUGUCCAGUAUUUCAACUAACGUAUUUUCCUAUAAAUCAUCCAAUGACUCCAUUGACACGAGAAGCGACUUAGGCUCGACGCAGGAACCAUCCAUUCUCGUUGACAAGUUUCCGAAAUAUACGGCAUACGCCGUACCGAAGUAUCACGUGGACGACUCAUCACCUAAAAGCGACAUAGACAUCUACAGAGAAUUGGAGAAACUCGAUAAGAUCUCUUCCGCACAGGUGUUACCAGAUCCGACUCUGGAGCUUCCACAGAAGGAAUUGUCCUCGAUUCCGUACGUUCCAAAUACGUCGCCCUUCAAGGAUGUGUCACCAUUGAGGUACACUUCCAAGCCGGCUCAAUACGACACUUCACCCCUGAAGACUUCUUACGAUCCCUACAAGACCUUUGACUUCAAGCCCAAGUUGUCACCUAAACAAGUUUCCACUAAUCCAUUUGUGUCAGCUACGUAUGAGAAACCUGUGGUGGAUACCGCUUUCGAGUACAUUAACAAUAAACCAGAGAUCUCGAUCAAUACGUAUGAUCUACAUUUGAAGAGUCCAAUGAUGACGAAGGAAUCGCUAGAGUUUCGUGUCAGAUACGACGAUGAUCCAGUCAGAGAAGUUAACACCGAUUACAUGUCUCUCCAGCCAGAAAGUAGAUCGAUUACUACCCCGAGCAAGUCUCCUUAUUUCAGCAAUGGAAAUACCGAACCGUUAACGCCUACGAAAUAUAUUUCUAAGGAGGAAAGAAUCUUGGAUACUGGUGGUACCUCGUUUCUGAACUAUCCCAGCGAAUCUUCCGACCUUCUUCGUCGAAAAUACGACGCUUUGUCUCCUAAGGAGUACACUCAUACCAAGAGUACGACGGAUUAUGAUAGACACUUAGGCACGUUACCUCCUAUAGAACCUGGAACAGAGACAGGAUCGUAUUUACCGACGAGACACCGAGAUUAUCAUUCUCUAUCACCGAAUCGUCAGUUUCCUGAUCACUUUCCUUCUACUAUCAAUCAUCACUACACCUCGAAACUUUCAUCAGGUCUCUCUGACGAAUCGAAACGACCGGUUUCUCAUCCGGAAUUCCCUGGCAAGAUGAAUGUUGGGAAAUAUGCAGAAUUACCCGAUAGAAGUUCCAGCAGUUACAAGAAAUCAUCUCUUAGCUUAGGUAACAUAGGACACUCGAGUAAAGGAGCUGAUAAUAAUUUCAACACUGUGACCAGUCCAAAAACGCAGUUCAGUCCCUUUCCCGUUAGAAACGCUCCUAGGAAGCCGAAAGAACUUACGCUGAAAUUGGGCCUCUAUUCGCCCAAAGGUUCUGAUACAGGACAGUUAAAAAGGUCAUAGUGUAGGACGAUAAAAAUUCUGCUUCUGGUUUAUCGCGUUGAUUUAUCUGUUCUAAAUGGUUGUUUGUUGUUGAUUCUGCGAAAUGUAUCAGAUGAAUUGUCUUUGUUAAGGGAAUGUUCGCAUUGACAGUGACUACGAUGUUACCAAAAUGGGCCUAACUUAUCGUUUGUGGUGCCUGAUGUUGCCAACAGCUGAAACUAAUCGUUACCAGCGUAACACGUUAUGUAAGUUUAUGUGCGGAUAUCGAUCGUAGAAAUUGCGAAGUCUGCCUUCAUCUGACACGAACGUACUAUGAUCACGACAAACGAUUGUUUGUUCUAAGUUGGCGUUUCUUGUCUAAUAUUGUGUCGGUUAUUAAUACAUUCCCUGUGGAUUCUAUUUGUGCAGAUGCUUGGGAAAUUUAAAGAUACAAAAAUGCAUAGAAUACACAGUAUCCGUUUUAAUAUUUGAUGGAUGUAACAAAUCUCUGCUUAAGCAUGCGUUCCUCUAACCAUAUUCAUAAGAAUAUGGAUUUAUAUAAAAUUAUCUACGACGGUGUAUAGAGGGACGUGUCAGAAGAAGAGGCACAACUUCGAGGAUAUCGCUCAACGAAAUGAACGUUGAACACGAGUUUCACGAUUUAUCGCAUACUUACUCUUUAAUGUUAAUCAUUAACUCGUUUCCUCAAACGUUUAUAGUCUACGAACGUUGAGUAAUUAAAAAUCAUUUUUUUUUCUACGAGCUCUGCUUCAUACAGCUUAACACACAAAAAUCUCUUCGAUGUAAAAAUACAAAUAGAAGAAAAAAUAUAAGGUGAAGAGAAAAGAAGAGAAGCUUGUGAAAAUAGCGUACAAAUCCUUGGCGAAACGUACUCGUGCGAUUUCUAAUGCAAUGCCUUCAAUCUCCCUCCAAUCACGCAGGAAAAACCUCGUUAUCGCGUCUCGAUUAUUCACUAAAUUUAUGCUAAAUAGUCUGUGGAAGCGCACGAAGCUUACUAGUGGAAGAAAGGGGAAAAUAAAAGGAAAAAGGACGAGGAAAAUGUUACAAAAUGCCUUCCAUUCCUUCGAACGCGAUUCACUUUACUACGGUAAUCUCGCAUGCGAUCGUAAAUCAUGACACUGAUCGCGAGACCGUGGUAACGUGAAAUUUCCUUCGAACAGAUACGAUAUAUAAUACAACCACAUAGAUUGUAUAAAAUUAUAGAAGUUGUUACGACGGAGCAGCGAUAUAGAGCUUAAUUUAUCCGUACGUUUCGCGCAAAACCUAGACGUGCAGUGGGCGUAUCGUUUAAGUAAAGACCGAGUAAAUACCAUUAUUCGAGGCCAGAGACACAAAAGAGGCAGUAAGGCAGAAAAAACAAAUUGUACAUAACUACAUAGACGUUAAUUGUAUAUUAUUAAACAAAAAGAGGUUGGGAAGGGAAAGAGAAUGGGGUUGUGUGGAGCUUGAGAGUCGUUCUAAAUCUUUUUAUAUAAAAUAAAAGAAGUAGUAUUUUUAGAUGUUUCUAAUAUGAGAUAAAUCUUCGUAUCGUCGCCGUCACUGAACGAGCUUAGCUGACAAUGAGCUACGCUUGUCGCGAGAACGAUCGUUCUUUUUGCAUAUUCUUUGUUACCGGUACGACUGAAAGGGAGGCAAUCCAUUGUUUCAAAUAAAUUUAAAUUUAAAAUGGUCUACAAGUUUAAAGAAAAAUCUUUCAAUUGAAUAUUAUUCAGUUACUUUUAUAAUAUAUAUUAUAUAUAUACAUAUAUAUCUUUUAAACUAUAGUAUCUUUUAUAUAAUUAUAUAUCUCCUAUAGAGGAUCGUAACGCGAACCUCUAUAACACCUUCAAUCGAUAUUUUAUAAAUACAGGUUUCAUUCUAUUGUAAUUUGAACUGUCGUUCAUGUCGAUAAUCAGAAAUUUCAAAAUUGCCACGAAGGUAAUCUGACAGACAAGAAAUAAAAGAUCUAAUCUCAGAAUUCUGGAACAUGCGUUAACGAAGUAACACCACGGAAAAAAUGUACAUAGGCUGAUAACAUGCAAUUUAUUUUCAUCGGCUUGCAUAGCGAUAUAGAUGACAGUCUGUCGACCAUUACGUCCAAUUUAAUCAUUGAUGGCAGGUAGAAUCGUCAAUUCGCAAUCUGACGCGUGCAGAUUUUUAUACUCAACAAUUGAGCCGGAAGAAACAUAAGCUCGACGGUUAACUAGAAGCAGAAGCGAAGAUCGUUGAUAAAAUUUUCCGAAGUAGCUGGAUGCGUUAAUGUGCCUCUGCGAUCAACCCGCGUCAAGUUUCGGCUAAUUUACAACGACGUGUCGAGAACUUGGACAAACAGAAAAAGAAAAAAAGAGAAAAUAUCUGCGCGUCAAGAAAACCAGAAAUUCUUUUCGACGUCGUGUGACAUCGGUUAUAGUUCUUUUUAUCUACGUCGAUUACUCUAAGAAAAAAAAGUCACGCUUGUAGAUAAAAUUCUACGCGUAUUAUAAACUAGCUUCUAGAUACAAUUCGCUAAUUUUAUCACGAAGAAGAGAUAAUUCUCGAGAUAAUUCACAGUUACCACGAUCUACGAGAAAACAUGCGAAUCAUGGCACGCGAAGCUUAUGCGAUAACUUUGCACUCGAUUAAACGAUGCAUAAGAAGAAACCUUUUCUCCUGCGUAAAGAAAUCGUAAUCGUAAGUACGAAUUAGCGUUGUCUACGAUGUUACAACGUAAUAUUUUUCAUGGCCAACGUGAACGAAGACGAGGAAUCGCCGUCGUCAUGUUCUUCCGCUGACGAGCAAACAAAUCCAGUGAAACGAAUCCGAUGAUCCGUUUCAGAAGCCUGUGAGGAAUAGAAAGUAUUCGUAAAAGGUGCUUUAGCGAGACAUUUUGAUGCGUUAGGGAAACAAACAAGAAUAAAAACUAUCUAGAACGUAGGUAGCUGGUAAGGAAUCGAUGAUAUAAUAUCGUUUGUUCGUUGUUUCUUGCGAAUGGUCGUUUUCGAAGGGCGGAAUAUCGCGUGGUUCACGUUGAUUCCCAGUAUUCGGUUCGUAAUAAAUUCGGUUUAUUUUGUUUGUAACAACUUUCCGGAUGUAUCGUUGAUCCGACAAUAUAACAGGCGUUCUCGAUUUGUUUUCUAAGGUUACUUCUUAACGGCGGGAGCAUUUUUUAACGUACAUACACAAGUUAACACAUGAAAAUUAUCGUAACAGACAGCGGUCAGAGCUUUUUCUACGCAGGUAAUCGAAAGGGAAAAACGUAAUCGGGAAGUGAAAAAAUGAAGGGCGUGUUUUAAGCAGAAUGUUGCCUUCGUGUGACGAUCGUUGCGGAGAACGUGAUUGUUACGAGAGGGCACACGAGUCCUAUUAGAAAAAAAGUCAUUUAUAAAGAAAUGUUAUAUUUACAAAAAAAAGGGUAUGUAUGAUGUUGUUACGUGACGUUUUGUGAGACGUUGUUGUAAAUAUCUAUCGGUACGAGAAUCAUGCCAGAUAUAAGACUGUAUAUUUGAAGAGCAUAGAGAUGUAAGUCGUUAUGAAUAAAAAAUAAACGGAACAAAUACAUUGAGGAA